AUGUCGAACCUUCCCAAGCAGAUGAAGGCUCUCCGCUACGAGAAGCCCGAGGAUUGGUCAAUUGUCCAAGUUCCUCUUCCAGAGCUUCGGGAGAACGAUGUUCUGGUCAAACACAUUCACGAGGGAGAGUUCAUUGCAAAGUUCCCCUUGAUUCCUGGCCAUGAGACUGUUGGUGUCGUUGCCGCCGUUGGACCUAAAGUCAAGGACUUCAAGGUUGGCGACCGUGUUGCUGCCGACAACAGCGAGCUCUGCAAUGAGUGCUUCUACUGCCGACGUGGAGAGCUUUUGCUCUGCGAGCACUUUGAGGCUCACGGUGUCACAAUGAACGGUGGUUUCGCCGAGUACUGCGCGUACCCUGCCGGCAAGGUCUUCAAGAUCCACAACCUUAACGAUGUUGAUGCCACUCUUCUCGAGCCCGCCUCCUGCGCCUGCCACGGUCUGGACAAGAUCCGGCCCCGCCUCGGAUCAAGCGUCCUCAUGUUCGGCGCCGGCCCCACCGGUCUUAUGCUUGCUCAACUCAUGCGCCACAACGGUGGUUGCAAUGUCACCAUCGCGGCCCCUCAAGGUCUGAAGAUGGACCUCGCUCGCAGCUUGGAUGCUGCCGAUAACUACAUUGAGCUGUCCCGCUCCGAUCCCCAGGUCCAGUUCACCCAGCUCCAGAAGGAUCACCCGUACGGCUUUGACGUCGUCGUUGAGGCUACCGGUUCCGUCAAGAUUCUCGAGGAUGCCAUCAACUACGUCCGCCGCGGUGGCAAGCUCGUCGUCUACGGUGUCUACAGCAGCUCUGCUCGUGUAUCAUGGCCCCCCUCCAAGAUUUUCGGUGACGAGAUCACAAUCCUCGGCUCCUUCUCCGAGACCUACAUGUUCCCCGCCACCAUUGACUACCUUGACUCGGGCAAGGUCAAGACCAAGGGUAUCGUCAACAAGACGUUCAAGCUGGAGCAGUUUGGCGAGGCUCUCGAGUCCAUCAAGAACAAGAGCGCCAUCAAGGCCGCGAUUGUUUUCGAUGACGCUACUGGAGUGUAA